AUGACUGUCCCCGCGCUAUUGACGGCGCAGAGUUGCGUCGACCAUGUUCACCUUAUCCUAGGCUCUGGACCACUAGCAGCUUCACGGUGUUUCAAGUCACUCCAAGUCGGUGGCCGUCCAGUCAUUGUGUCGGCCGAAACUGCGGAUCUGCACUUCAACCUCGCAGCAGCGAUCGAAGACGGCAAGGUGCGACACAUACCACGAGACUUUGAAGAGGAGGAUCUCAAGACACUUGGAAGAGAGGAGGUGGAUGGUUACGUCGACGCUGUGUUUGUCACUCUGCCUGCCAAAGACCCUCAAACCAUACGCAUUUCAAGCCUCUGCAAGCGUCUGCGAAUACCUGUCAACGUGGUUGACGCUCCUCAGCUCUGCACAUUCACCCUCCUGUCCACAUACUCUGAUGGUCCACUGCAGAUAGGCUUCACAACGUCCGGUAAUGGUUGCAAAUUGGCAUCUCGUAUCCGACGUGAAAUCGUAUCUGCGCUACCAUCCAAAUUUGGAACAGCAGUAGAAAGGCUGGGCACCGUACGGCGGAGGAUCUGGGAAGAAGACUACAGAUCACAGGCCCCAGGUGCGGAGGAGGCAGGUGAUGUUGAGAUUGAGGACGACGAAGCCGCGGCGCAAAAACAUACUUUCAACUCUUUGGUGAAGGAAGACGACAGAGAUCCCGUGGUUCUGCGAACGCGGCGCAUGAGGUGGCUUUCUCAGAUUUGCGAGUACUGGCCACUCAGCCGACUAGCAGCAAUUACGGAUGCAGACGUCGCAGCAAUCCUCCAAGCCUACAAGAGUACAGCUCAGCCUCCUGCCCCUGGCUCAGACAUGGCUAGUGAGCUGAUGCCUGCUCUACCCGCGCGCAAGGGUACAAUAACACUGGCGGGAUCGGGUCCAGGGCACCCAUCGCUUCUUACCAUUGCGACGCGGACAGCUAUCGAGAACGCUCAUCUCAUUCUGGCCGACAAGCUCGUGCCAGCUGAGAUUCUUGCCCUCAUCCCUCGCAGAACACCGGUCCAUAUUGCACGAAAAUUUCCGGGCAACGCAGACGCUGCGCAAGAAGAGCUGCUACAACUGGGACUGGAAGCAAUGAAACAAGGCAAAGAUGUUCUGCGACUGAAGCAAGGUGAUCCAUAUCUGUAUGGCAGAGGGGCUGAGGAAUUCUCGUACUUCCGGGAACGGGGAUAUACAGUCCGGGUUAUACCAGGCAUCACGAGCGCUCUUUCCGCACCUCUUUUCGCAGACAUCCCCGUUACCCAUCGAGCCGUGGCGGACCAGGUUGUUAUAUGUACUGGCACAGGGAGGAAAGGUGCCGCGCCCGAACCUCCAUCUUAUCGCCCGAGCAAGACAGUUGUCUUUUUGAUGGCAUUGCACAGGCUAGAAAGCCUGAUCAAAAGUUUAACGAGGGUAUCCGAAGACGCAGACGAGCCGCCGCAUGCUCGCCGGUUAUGGCCGGCAACGACACCUUGUGCUGUGAUUGAGCGAGCAAGCUGUCCCGAUCAAAGAGUGAUUCGAUCUACCUUACAAUAUGUCUGUCAGGCUGUGGAGGAUGAAGGGUCAAGACCACCGGGGCUGCUCGUGGUCGGGAGUGCUUGUGAAGUACUGCACAGCCUCGGAGAAGGGAGCAGGUGGUCGGUGGAAGAAGGUUUCAGGAGCUUGGAUGCCGUUGGAUCUUCUGUUGCAGAAUUGAACGUUUUAAAAGAGAUGGAAAAUAUCGACCCUAUUAAAACUGAUGUGUAUAAACAAUAA